AUGGGAAAGGGGGGCUGCCCGCGGCAGGAGCUGGGCUGGGGCAGCGAUGCUGCUUGGCAGGUGGCUUGUUUACUGUGUAAGCAAGAAUGCGGGGGGCCGCUGACCGCCUUGGAGGGGCACUUGUCCACCCCGAACCACCCCCAGCCAUACCCACACCAGCAGCUGUGCCUCUGGCAGAUCUCCGUGCCCCUGGGCCACGUCAUCGACCUGCACUUCCACAACUUCAGCCUGGAGUCACACGAGGACUGCAGCUUCGACUUCGUGGAGGUGCACGACAGCGCGGGCACGGGGACCGCCAGCCUCAUGGGCAGGUUCUGUGGCCACCAGCUGCCACCCACCCUGACCUCCUCACGGCAUGUCAUGACCAUCCUCUUCGUGGCGGACGAGGGAGUUGCAGAUGAUGGGUUCUUUGCCACCUACCAAGCCCGCAAUGCCACAGAGAAGACCUGCAGCCCCGCGGAGUUUUCCUGUGGGAAUGGUGAGUGCAGGGCGCUGGAAUCUGUGUGUGAUGGCUGGCACGACUGCCCCGACGGCACCGAUGAGCUGAACUGCACCGGGGUGUCCUACCCUGCCUUCGGGUCUGUCUGCGAGCCCGUGGAAGUGGAGAUGUGCCUGGGGCUGGGCUACAACGCCACCUCCUUCCCCAACAUCUGGCUGGCCAUCCCGGACCAGGAGGGAGCUGCAGAGGUGCUGCAGGACUACCAGACGCUGAUGGAGCUGGCGUGUUACCAGCACCUCCGCCUGCUCAUCUGCAGCCUCUUCGUGCCCAAGUGCACCCCGGAUGGGGGGGUGCUGCAGCCCUGCCGGGCCGUGUGCCUGGCAGCAGAGCUGCGCUGCCAGCAGUCCCUCGGCCUCCUCGGCAUCCUCUGGCCCAUCAACUGCAACAUCCUGCCCGAUUCCAAUGACCCCGUAGAGUGCUUCCAGCCCUGA